UGCUUUCGAUCACAGAGAGCCGUCGAUGCGGGGUCCCGAUCCACAUUCCUCGGGGAGAGAAGUUGUCGAGGGGGGAUUCUGCUGCUGGAUGGACUCUCUCGGUUUUUCCCCGGUUUUUGUUUUCGAGAGCUUCGCUUUCUUUGGGUGCUAGGGUUGGUGCUGUUCAGGUGCGGUGUGUUGUGGUGACGGCAGCGGCGUUGCUGCAAUCUUAGUUUCGCUACGUUUCUCCUGUUGCCAUUCCGGUGGUCUAUGCUCCUAGUGUGGCGACGCUGGUUUUGCAUUCUCUUCCUCGCAGUCGUGCAGUUGGAGCGAGAUCUGGCUUUUUGCUCGCGUUACUGUUCCCGUGGAGGGGGGCUGCUCGUCAUUUAGGGCGCUUCUGCAACGCCGUUCCUGGCUGUUCUACCUUUUUUGUUGUCUGUGGCGAUCCUGCUUCGGAGUGUGCUGCGAUCAAGGCUGGUGGCUGCGGAAGCUCCUGUUGUCAACGUGAUCUGUUUUCCGUACUUCUUCCGUUGGUCUAUCGUUAGAGGGCGAGCGAUAGGGGUGUUCAUGCUAAGGUGGUAGUUUUCGACGUCGCCUUGUUGCUCUAUUGUUGUUAUUGCGCCGCCGCCUACCACUGGAGUGUCGACGGGUGCCCUUUUGGGGUAUUUUUUUUUUCUCCCUUUUUCCAGCUUCUGCUUCGAAUCUUGUUGCUGUUUGUUGUAGUCGUGCAUCGAGCUGGUGCUCGGCCCAUGUUCUUCUUCAUAGUGUGUGAAGGGGCGUUGGAUGGUGCUGGUUGCACUGUGGUGGAAGCAUCAAGUGUUUGACGGUGUCUCAUGAUUCUGUUCCGUUUGGUGCUCUCUGGUGGCGCUUCUUUUUUCGGGUUGGUGGUCCAGUGGCAUUGAGGAUUGUCGACGCUUUCUUGUUGCUGGCCUCGUCGUUUUCGCCUGGUUAUUCUUCGGUUCUGUUCUCCACCGUCUUGUUGUUGGCUAAGGCCGUUUGAUGCCACUGUUGCGGUUGUGGCUGCAAAUUCGACUGCUUCACCGACUGUACUCCUUGAAGUCAUGGCUGCUGCUGCAAGUUCUUGAAGAGAGUAGUGGACGUUUAGGUCGUGGUUGGUAGCUGUCGGGGAAAUUGCGGUAUUUGCUGUCCGCCGACCCGCGUUUUCGUCGCCGUGGAUGCUGGAGGAUUAAGUCCUGCGGUGCAGUGCCGUCAAUUUUGACUGGUGGUUGACUUAAUCCGGCUCUUGUUACUGUGCUCGUUCGUCUCCGACUGUUUUUGGGCUCCGGUGUUCAACUAUCGCUGAGUUUCCAAUCAUCGUCCUCGCCUUUAGUCGGCACUCUCGGUGGACUGGCGGGGUUGGCAGGUAUUGUUGAAUGGGAGAAAUGAUGUUCUGCAACUAGUAGGCGGACGCGAGUUCGCUGGUGAUGUGGGUCUGAAUAGCAGAUAUCAAUGCUUAAAUUUGGAGAUGUGACUGUGUCAGCGAAAAGUUGAGCAAGUAAUUUGACGCGGAAGGUCCUCGUGAGGCAGGCAUUGAAGUUGACAGCGUAGUGAAAAAUUUAUGUAAGCAGCUUGGUUGUCGAUAGAACCGUCGGCUUCGCAGAAGAAUUUCAUGUGAGCAGCUAGCAUCUGGAGUUCGGAUAGCUUCCUGUGAUACUCUUGGACUCGGAACAAUUAUGAUACCAUUAUCAUCCGGCAGCCCUCUUUUCCAUAUCCCGAGUUUCUGUUGCAAAUCAUCUUCGCCUAUCCAGUUUCAUUCUUGUGAAGGGUUGUAAAGAUUGGUGGCAGCUUUGCCAACCCACUUUCAUUCCUGUAAAGGGUUCUGAAGAUCGAAGGACUUUGAGCCGCCAGUGGGUCGGCGAGCAAUUCCAUUUCUUCCUGCACAACUGCUAUCGCAGCUACUCCAGGCUCGUUUUCGAUAUCUUCCACAUUGCGGUUAGACUUCCAGAUUGGGUGAAUUGUUGGAUUGGAUGACUAAUUGAGUUGGAUAAAGUUAGGUUAGGAAUUUGAUCAACCCAUGUGGAUGAACAACUUGAAUGAAUACUUAGGUAUGGGUGAAUUCUUAUUGUAAGAUGACAUUUCAUUUAUGGAUGAAGUUUUGUAUAAAGAUGAAUUCUUGUCAAUGGAUGAGAAUAUCUAAAUUGGAGGUAUGAUUUUUUAUUUUGGUUGCUUGUGAUACGUUGGGCUGGGCUAAAUUGAGGGAGUUAGAAGGUUAGGUAAUAAUUGUAAUUUAUUGGAUAUUAAAAUUUGGUGAAUUAUUGCAUGGUUGAAUAAGCCAUAAACCAUUAGGGUGGUAAUAUUUAUCUUGCAAGAAUCUAAUCUAGUUUCUCAUAAGUCAAAUGCUAAUAUUUGAUGUGUGCAUCAACAGGUGAUAAGGCCAUUUCUUAGUAAUAAAUUUGAGCAUCCUAAACUACUAUUUUCUAAUUCUUCUUUGAAUAAUGGCUAGGUUGGACCCUACAACUCAUACUUCAGAGUCAAUGUUGUCGAAUGUUAAUGGUGUGGGUAAUGCUCUUUCCACUACAAAUUCAAUAUGGCUUGAGUUCAAAAUGGUUCAAAAUGGUUGCAUUAGUGUGCCUCUUUUCAUAUUAUAGAUAGUGUAUUUUCCUAUAGGCAUGUUUUUGGUUUUUUCUAGUUGUAAGUAAUGUUGUGCUAAUCUUUACAAUGUCUUUUUAAUUGUAUCCACAACCAUAUCUUUUUGAUUGUAUCUACAAUCAUACGAUUUAAUAUUGGUUCAUGGUUAUGAAAUACAUGUACAUCAUACUUUUGGUGGAGUUGUAUCAAGCAAAAAUUUAGAGUUGCAAUUGUAUUUAAAAAUUGCAAUGAAAUCCAUGGAAAAAGUCCAAGAGUUAAUUUCUCAAAGAAAGGCAACAAAUUUGCCAAAAUUCAAUAAAGAGCAAUGUGAAUAUUUAGCUUGUAAACUCAAGUUCAUCAUUGAGAGUGCUAGUUCAUUCUUUCAUGCCAUAUGUCAUCAAAAAGAUGUUCCAGUAGAAGCUUUGGCAAGUUGUGUGGGUAAUUUCAAGCUAUUUGUUGCAAAGGCAAAAGAAAUUGAAAUCUUCAUCCAAGAUUGUUGCAAAAAUGCAUGGAUCAAGGUUGUCAUUGUAUUGACAAAAGUGUAAGAGCGUGUUUCAUCAAUAAGUUUUAAUUUGGAAUUAUGUAGACUUAUAUUUUUUGACUAUGAGUUUAGAGCACCACUAAGUAGAACUUGGACAGAACUUGUUGACGAAAUUGAAGAGAUCAAUAGCAUUGAAGCCAAGAUUGUGCAAGAGAAAGCAUUUCAAGAUGAAGAUGCAUUGUUAAAGAAAGUGGAUUUGGAAUUGAGAUCAUUGAAUGGUAAGGAGAAAGAGUUGGCUUACAUUUUGCUUGAAAGACUUACAAGCACAUCAAUUGCAUCUUCACGAAACCUAUUGAAGGGACAAUUGGACAAGGUGAAGCAACACAACCAGAUAGGAAAAGGUGCAUGUGCAACUGUAUUUAAAGUUAAUUGGUUAGAGAUGGAAGUUGCAAAGAAUGUAUUUUAUGGAUCAAACAAUUAACAUUUUGAAUAAGAAGUGUCAAUUGUAUUGGAGGUGUUUCAUGCAAAUGUUAUGUCCAUACUUCACUAUACUUCAAGCGAGCAUCAUUGCUCUAUUUUCAUGGAGUUGAUGGAUGGAGAUCUUACUUCUUUAAUAUGGCAUAGAUUGAAAACUCUUCAUCUAGAUAAACCAUUCUCUAAUAUAGUAGUUGUUGACAUUAUUCUUCAAAUUGCAGAAGGUAUGGUUUGUCUUCACUCAAAAGAUAUUGUGCAUAGGGACUUGAAACCAAACAAUGUUUUGGUGAAGAUAAUAAAUAUGGAAACUGGACAUGUACAUGCCAAAUUGGCAGAUUUUGGAAUGUCCAAAACCAAAAAGAGUAGUUGUUCUACUCAAAUACUAAAUAUAGGUACUACUAGAUAUAUGGCUCCAGAAAUGAUUAAAAUCCAUGAGCAAAGAAGUGAAAACCAUGCGCUUACAAGUUCAAACAAACGAAAGUAUCUACCAAAAAGUGAUGUGUAUAGUUUUGGUAUGGUGUGUUAUCAAGUACUAACUGGAAAAGUCCCUUUCUCAAAUCUAAGUAAUAGCAAAGCUAAGAAAAAGAUAAAGAGUGGAGAGUGCCCAUCUCUACCUCAUCAUUGUCCAUCAAUUUUGAAGAGUUUGAUAGAAGUCUGUUGGAAAUUUAAUCCCAAAGAUCGUCCAACUUUUUUGGAGAUUUGUAAGGAUUUAAGGUGUAUAAAGUAUUUAUUGAUAAUAUUGCCAAAUAAAUCAAUCAAUUUUCUAUCUUUUACAAUCUUGAGAAUAAGUGAAUCUUCAAGUUUGAUAUCAUUGUUAAAUAAAUUGGACAAUUAUUCAUCUUUGACUACUUGUGAAAUAACUAAGUGCUCAAAAUUGAUAUCAUUGCCAAAUGAAUUGGGCAACCUCUCAUCUUUGACUUCUUUAAAUUUAAGUGGAUGUUUUAGCUUGAUUUCAUUGCCAAAUGAAUUGGGCAACCUCUCAUCUUUGACUUCUUUAAAUUUAAGUGGGUGUUCUAGCUUGAUUUCAUUGCCAAAUGAAUUGGGCAACCUUUCAUCUUUGACUACUUUAGAUAUGAGUAAGUGUACAAGCUUGGCAUCAUUGCCAAAUGAUUUGGGCAAUCUCACAUCUUUAACUUCCUUAAAUAUAUGUGAGUGCUCUAACUUGACAUCAUUGCCAAAUAAAUUGGGCAACCUCAUAUCUUUGACUUCCUUAAAUAUAUGUGAGUGCUCAAACUUGACAUCAUUGCCAAAUGAAUUGGGCAACCUCUCAUCUUUGGCUACUUUAGAUAUAAGUAAGUGUUCAAGGUUGGCAUCAUUGCCAAAUGAAUUGGGCAAUCUCACAUCUUUGACUUCUUUAAAUUUAAGUGGGUAUUGGAAGUUGACAUCAUUGCCAAAUGAAUUAGACAACCUCACAUUUUUGACUUCCUUAAAUAUAUGUGAGUGCUCAAACUUGACAUCAUUGCCAAAUGAAUUAGGCAACCUCACAUCUUUGACUUCCUUAAAUUUAAGUGGAUGUUCUAGCUUGAUUUCAUUGCCAAAUGAAUUGAGCAACCUUUCAUCUUUGACUACUUUAUAUAAGAGUAAGUGCUCAAAGUUGAUAUCAUUACCAAAUGAAAUUGGCAACAUCACAUCUUUGACUUCCUUAAAUUUAAAUUGCUAUUGGAAGUUGAAAUCAUUGCCAAAUGAAUUGGGCAACCUCACAUCUUUGACUUCUUUAAAUUUAAGUGGGUGUUCUAGCUUAAUUUCAUUACUAAAUGAAUUAGGUAACCUUUCAUCUUUGACUACUUUAGAUAUGAGUAAGUGCUCAAGGUUGGCAUCAUUGCCAAAUGAAUUGGACAACCUCAAAUCUUUGACUUUCUUAAAUUUAAGUUGGUGUUGGAAGUUGACAUCAUUGCCAAAUGAAUUGGGCAACCUUUCAUCUUUGACUACUUUAGAUACAAGUAAGUGCCAAAGCUUGGCAUCAUUGCCAAAUGAAUUGGGCAACUUCACAUCUUUGACUUCCUUAAAUUUAAGUGGGUGUUGGGAGUUGAAAUCAUUACCAAAUGAAUUGGGCAACCUCACAUCUUUGGUUUCCUUUAAUUUAAGUGAAUGCCCAAGUUUGAUAACAUUGCCAAAUGAAUUGGGCAACCUCAUAUCUUUGACUUUCUUAAAUUUAAGUGAGUGCUCAUUCUUGAUAUCAUUGCCAAAUGAAUUAGGCAACCUCACGUCUUUGCUUUCCUUCAAUUUAAGUGAAUGCUCAAGCUUGAUAACAUUGCCAAAUGAAUUGGGCAACCUCACAUCUUUGACUUCCUUAAAUUUAAGUGGGUGUUGGAAGUUGAUAUCAUUGCCAAAUAAAUUGGGCAAUCUCACUUCUUUGACUUCCUUAAAUGUAUGUGAGUGCUUAGACUUGAUAACAUUGCCAAAUGAAUUGGGCAACCUCACUUCUUUGACUUCCUUAAAUGUAUGUGAGUGCUUAAACUUGAUAACAUUGCCAAAUGAAUUAAGAAACCUUUCAUCUUUAUCUGCUUUGGAUAUGAGUAUGUGUCGAAGCUUGACAUCAUUGAUAAGUGAAUUGGGCAAUCUCACAUCUUUGACUUCCUUAAAUUUAAGUGGAUGUUGGAAGUUGAUAUCAUUGCCAAAUGAAUUGGGCAACCUCACAUCUUUUAAUUCCUUAAAUUUAUGUGAUUGUUCAAGAUUGGCAUCAUUGCCAAAUGAAUUGGGCAACCUCACAUCUUUGACUUCUUUAAAUUUAAGUGGAUGUUCUAGCUUAAUUUCAUUGCCAAAUGAAUUGGGCAACCUUUUAUCUUUGACUACUUUAGAUAUGAGUAAGUGUCGAAGCUUGGCAUUAUUGCCAAAUGAAUUGGGCAACCUCACAUCUUUGACUUCCUUAAAUUUAAGUGGGUGUUGGGAGUUGAAAUCAUUGCGAAAUGAAUUGGGCAACCUCACAUCUUUGGUUUCCUUCAAUUUAAGUGAAUGCCCAAGCUAUAUAAUACUGCUAAAUGAAUUGGGCAACCUCACAUCUUUGACUUAAAUUUAUGUUAUUGCUCAAGGUUGGCAUCAUUGCUAAAUGAAUUAGAUAAACUCACAUUUUGUCUAUCUUAAAUAUACGUAGAUGUGGAAAGUUGAAAUUAUUGCCAAAUAAAUUGGAUAACCUUACAUUUUUGAAAGUCAUUGAUAAAAAGAGUUGGGUAUCAUGGUCGAAAGCAAUAAUCGAUGAUUAUUUAAGAAUAUAUUUAUUAAAAAGGUUUUAAAUCAAUCAAAUAUACACUUAUGUGUUAGUAAGAAAUGUAAAAUUAAGCCUAGAUAGGAUACUUUGAACAUAAAAUAGCACAAUAAUAAUAAUAAUUCUAAGAAGAUAGAUUCAAAUUUAAAAUUUAGAAUUUGGAGGAUGAGAUUUAUAUAUUCUCUAAGAAAUAAAUAGACUUUUUA